AUGAGCAUAUCGGAGGUUCUUCAUAAAUAUGGAUCUUCCGCCACAAAGACUAUUGAUGAAAACCUCAUUUCAACGGUUGCUGUCGUCAAUAUUCCACUGAGAGUAGUAGAACAACCCAACGUAAGUUGGGCUUUCGACAUGAAAAAGUGCAUCGACGGAACCCCAUUGCUGACCCAAUUGUGCGGUGAGGACGUGGUGGCUGCCUGCUCGCAUUCUGGUCUCGUUGUAUGUGUCCGGGUCCGUGACGGUCGUUGUUUAUGGAAGACUCAAAUCACCACUCGAUUUGAAGCAUCUGUGGCAAGAUCUGGAGAAUAUUUUGUUUUAGGAGGAUAUGACGGGAAUGUGUAUUUUCUGUCAAUGCUCAAUGCAUACGACCGAAAACUCUACAAACUUGAUUCGAGAAGUAGAAAGUGUGUCUGGUCGUGCUUGAUCCAAAGUGGUUCGCCUGCAUGUCCUCUUCUGUUGGAGAGAACCGUCAUAGUCACGACUAUAAAGGGCAGCGUGGAGGCAAUUGAUAUUAACGAAGGAGUGCAUGUCUGGACGUUUGAAGCGAAUGCUCCUGUGUUUUCCGCUGUCUCACCUUACGGUACAUCGGGAUUUGUAGGCUCAGUUGAUGGCACAGUUAUGAAAAUUGGGUUGGACAACGGUGAAAAAGAGCUCGCUGUGAAUAUUCAUGAACCUGUUUUCUCUGAAGUCAGAUUUUUGAACGAUCUCAUCUACAUUGUAACCGAGCGUGGAUCACUUUUCGUAGCAGAUUCAAUGCUGAACAUACUUCGUCAUUUUCGGUUCGAAUCUCAUAGAUUUGUUGUCCCGCCUAUGCGCAUGGACGUUCGUACCGUUUGUAUCGUUUCAUCAUAUGGAUCUCUGAUUAUUUACGACGAGGGUGGCAAUUGUGCCCGCGCUUUUCGUCUUGGUGGAGGUCAUGUAUUUUCUUCUGUAGUGUAUUUGAAGGAGAAAGGCCUUGCGUUAGUCGGUUGUAGGGAUAACUUCCUGCGCUGUUUCAUAUUUCCUUCCAUUUCGGAUUAAUUACAAAUUCAAAAUUUUCAGUUGUAAAGAAUAAAACGUUCAAGCUUCCUGGUUCAUGUUUUCACUUGCAAAAUCAUGCUGGAUGCGG